ACACACUAAGCGGGUCAGCAGAGAGAAAAAACCUGCCCCCGAACUCAAACAGAGACAUCUGCUGAGUUUUGGAGAGAAAGAGACCUGUUGGAUUUACUGCAGACAUCCAGAUUUUAUUUCCAUUUAAUGAAAAGGACUUUUUUUUGCAACAACUCAGACUUGCACAUAACUUUAAAUGCACUGGAUUUGAUCCUUUUUUAGAUUUUUUUAAUUUUGGGGGGGCAGUUUUGUGGAAGUUCAAAGACUUUGUAGCUUAUAGUGGAAAACCUUUAAAAGGAUUUAUUUGCUUCCUCGUAGAUACUUUAUUGUCAAGUUGUCUUUCCACUUGUCGGAUUUCACAGUUAUAUGAUGGGGUUUUUACACGUUUCCAUCGGGUUAAUCGCAGCUUUGUGCGUCGGCGCGGCGCACUGCGCCUGGGAGGAGAGCACAGUGGUGCCGGUCAGACUGGACCCGGCGGCCCGGUCGGAGAGUGACAUCGACCCGUGGCGGACUCUCUCCGCAGAGGAGAAGGAGAAGGAGGCGGAGAUGAGGGAGUACCGCUUGGACGUAUUUGGCAAAGAGCUGGUGUUGCAGCUCGAGCCCGACCAGACCUUCUUGGCGCCGGGGUUUGUCUUCCACAUCGUGGGGAGUCCUGAGUCCGAACCGACACCGGAACCAAAGAGCGGAGCCGAGCCGGGCUGUUUCUUCUCCGGGAUGGUGAACGGAGAGGAGCACUCUGCCGCUGCGCUCAACCUGUGCCACGGACUCAGGGGCGGAUUCUACUUUCAGGGGGAAGAGUAUUUUAUUCAGCCCCUCAACUCGAGCGACUUCUCGGGCAGUGAGGAGGAUGUCCACCUGAUCCGCCGGAGAGGUCGGGCAAGUUUGGCGGAGGAGGGGAGCUCCAAGUGCGGGGUCAACGAGGACGAGGAGAGGGUGCCAAAAAAUCUGGAGAAAGAAGCCAAGCACGGAGCCGCUAACGCAGAGCAGACAGCUCACCACAGGACCAGACGCUUUGUUUCCACUCCUCGCUACCUGGAGAUCAUGCUCGUAGCUGACCAGUCCAUGGCCGAGUUCCACGGCGCCGGGCUCAAGCCCUACCUGCUGACCAUCAUGGCAGUGGCAUCCCGCCUGUACCGCCACCCCAGCAUCCACAACUCCAUCAGCCUGGCGGUGGUGAAGCUGCUGGUGGUGUACGAGGAGGAGCGAGGCCCUCAGGUGUCAUCCAACGCCGCCAUGACCCUCCGCAACUUCUGCCAGUGGCAGCGGCAGCACAACCCACCAAGUGACCGCCACCCUGAGCACUAUGACACCGCCGUGCUCUUCACCAGGACGGACCUGUGUGGCGCCCACUCUUGUGACACUCUUGGCAUGGCGGAUGUUGGCACCGUGUGCGACCCCGACAGAAGCUGCUCAAUUAUUGAGGAUGAUGGGCUGCAAGCUGCAUUUACUGUGGCGCAUGAACUCGGCCACGUCUUCAACAUGCCUCACGAUGACGCCCAGUUGUGCUCCGGGGUCAACGGCGCCCACUGGGGCUCCCACAUGAUGGCCUCCACUCUGUCCAACCUGGACCAGCAGCAGCCGUGGUCCCCCUGCUCCGCCCUCAUGGUCACCACCUUCCUGGAUAACGGCCACGGUCAGUGCCUGCUGGAUAAACCCGUCAAACCUCAGCCGCUGCCUCAGCCCCUGCCCGGGACCGUCUAUGACGCCGACCAUCAGUGUCGGCUCACCUUUGGCGAAGACUCCCAGCACUGCCCCGAUCUGAGCACCACGUGCGCAGCUCUGUGGUGCACUGUGACGACAUCCAAUGGUUUGCUGGUGUGCCAGACGAAGAACUUCCCCUGGGCCGAUGGGACAGCGUGCGGGCAUGACAGCUACUGUGUGGCCGGACAGUGUCUCACAAAGAGCCAAGCCGCCAAACUCCAGACUCCUGUCAAUGGUGGCUGGGGAGUGUGGGGUCCCUGGGGCGACUGCUCUCGGACCUGUGGCGGAGGGGUGCAGUAUUCCUUCCGCUCCUGUGACAACCCUUUGCCCAAGAACGGGGGCAAGUACUGCGAGGGCAAGAGGAUCCAGUACCGCUCCUGUAACACGGAGGCCUGCCCCGACACCAACGGCCUGUCAUUCAGAGAGGAACAGUGCCUGGCCCACAACGACAUGUCAGCCCAAGUGUCGCUGGGUUCAGGCGAGGGCGUCGAGUGGGUGCCCAAGUAUGCUGGAGUUUCACCCAAAGACCGCUGCAAGCUGAUGUGCCGCGCCAAGGGGACUGGAUACUUCUUUGUCCUCAAAUCUAAGGUGGCUGAUGGUACGCCCUGCAGCCCAGACUCCACCUCAGUUUGCGUUCAAGGCCAGUGUGUCAAGGCUGGGUGUGAUCGCAUCAUUGGCUCCAGUCGGCGUUUUGAUAAGUGUGGCGUGUGCGGUGGAGACGGCUCCACCUGCAAGAAAGUGUCUGGCUCUCUGGAGCGUGCCAGGCCUGGUUACCAGGAUGUUGUAACCAUCCCCGCUGGUGCCACUCACCUGGACGUGAAGCAGCGUGCACCAGGCAACGGUCGUCAUGAUAACAGCUAUUUGGCAGUGCGUCGCCAGGAUGGAACCUAUCUGUUAAAUGGCGAUUACAAGCUGAUGACCAUGGAGACAGACAUUGCUCUACGAGGGGCUCUGCUGCGAUACAGUGGCUCCUCCGCAACCUUGGAGCGCCUCCGGAGCUUCGCCCCUCUCCCCGAGCCCCUCACCAUCCAGGUGCUGUCUGUGGGCGAAGCCCCGAGGCCCCGGGUUAAGUACAGCUACUUUGCCCCAAGACCAAACAACGCUGCUUCAGUCUCCAACAGCAACGGAGGCCGCCGCCAGUCCAUCAAUGCCAUCAGGGAGGUGGAUGGAGCCGAGUGGACCCUUAGGGAGUGGGGUCCGUGCUCUCAGACGUGCGGAGGAGGGACGCAGCAGAGAGAGGUGGUGUGUCUGGAUCCCCAGGGUCGACCUUCAAGAGACUGCCCAGAGGAGCUGCGCCCCUUGGCCUCGCGGUCCUGCGCCACCCAGACUUGUCCCUCCUGGCUUCUCGGAGAGUGGUCGGUAUGCUCCAAGACCUGCGGCCGAGGCUUCCGCAAGCGCCAACUGCGCUGCAUCGGCCACGAUGGGCGCACGCUAACCCAUGACAGCUGUGACCCCAAAGACAGGCCGCGACCUCUGCUGGAACUGUGCAAUCAGAGUGCCUGUUAAGGACUGCUCCGACCAUCAAACCUCCCGUCAACGUUCAGAAAGACUAAAAACUCUGACCGUCACUGCCGCCUUUUUUUUUUUCCAUGGACAAACUAAAGAGGCAGAUGAAUGUUUACAUCCAGAGAGGUUUUCGUGGCUUCCAGGUAGUCGAACGCUCCCACAUUGGUUCCACGGUGACUGCUUUACCCUCCAUCCUUUCUGGAGCCGGGCGUUGGUCCACAGUGACGGCGCCUCCCAGCUGAAGCAAUAAGACUGAUUCCAGCUCGCUGCCUGUCUGGCCUCAGCGCAGCGGUGGCACAUUUUGCCUCCCGUUGAUGGGAAGAAAGCAUGGACAUUCCUGAUUUUCCAAAAAUGAGCAUGCUGCUUACCGUGCCAGUGUCAUGCUUGUGUGUGAGUGAGUGUAAGACUGUGUGUGCGUGUUUGUGUGUGUCAAAUUUUUAAUGCAUAUAUAUGAUGUUUGUCCAAGCUGGGCUGGACGGACACAGGGGUUGGGGGGUGGGGGAGGUUAUUGCAGAGUUUAUAAAGAAACAAAUGAAAGAGUAGCUCAUAUUCUGCUUACUCGCCCCAUCAGGUAUGGAAGAUAAAAAAAGCUAAUAGUCAUAGUCUUUAUGUUCAAACUUGCCAGUUUAUUUAUCACAAACCUUGUAGCACUUCAUCUUUGUUUUUGCCAGCGGCACAUCGUAACACCCAGUUGUCCCUAAAUGCCUCAGUACGCUGUACUUUGUCCUUUAGCCAUAUUUUGCCCUCGUCUACACAGCCUUCAAUGAGGGAACUCUUCAAAGACCAAAGAGGAGUGUCUGCGCGAGUGUGUGUGUGCAUGUCUGUGUGCGUGGAGACCUAAAGAGGGACUUGUCUCCUGCUACUACUUCAUAAGUAAGUCUCUCCUGCCUUCUGCGAAGGUUUUUUUUUUCAGUCUUUUCCUUUUGUACAGAAUAUCCAAACAUUAUUUAUUUUUGUACAGCCUGUUAAAUAUAAUCAUGUGGCUUUUUUUAAUAUUAUUUUUUAUUUGUUAUUGAGAUCACAGAAGGGAGUAGAAUAUAUAGAGUAUUUAUACAAUGUUAUAUAAAUAUAUAUAUAUGGUCCUAGGUUCAUGAAUAAAGUAUCACAUUGACUUGUGAA